ACUGUCACGAAACGCGAGGCUCAUUUGGGCAGGUGCUGCUGCUGCGUGCCUGGCAUAAUCACAGUGCUGUUCGUUUCACUAAAUCGGAAAGUUACUCGCAAUGCGCUACAUUCCUUGCUAAAGAAACUCUACCGGACCAUACGAAUACUAUGAGCGCUCCAGAAUCCGUGCGGGUCAAGCUGCUGUUUUUCGCGAAAUCUCGGGAACUAGCCGGACUGUCCGGUACGGACGAUUUCCUUGUGCCGCACUCCGUAAUCAAGUGUUCCGAGCUGCUCGAUCUGAUCUGUAAUCGGUACAAUCUGUCCCUGAUCCGCAACAAUGUUAUACUAGCGCACAACGAGCAGUACUGUGAGGAUCUCAGUGAAACCAUACGCAUACGCAACGGAGACGAGCUAGCCGUGAUACCACCCAUUUCCGGUGGAUAGACAGACAAUAGAUCAUGAAUUAUCUAAAGUUAACGUUUGAUAAGCUGGACGUUGGGGCGCUCAACGAUCAGGUGGCACACGAAAGCUGCGGUGCGGUGUCGCUGUUUGUGGGCACCACGAGAGAUAACUUUGAGGGCAAGAGUGUGGUGCUGCUAGAGUACGAAGCGUACGAAGCGAUGGCCCUCAAAACGAUGAACCUGUUGUGUGAGGAGGUUCGUGAACGUUGGCCGGAUGUGGUUAACAUCGGGAUACAUCAUCGGCUCGGUGCGGUACCGGUUAAGGAAGCGUCCGUAGUGAUAGCGAUAAGCUCGCCGCAUCGAAAGUCCAGCCUCGAAGCGGUACAUCACACUAUCGACGAGCUGAAGAAAUCUGUCCCCGUGUGGAAGAAGGAGCUGUAUGGCGAUGGAGAGGGCAGCUCGGAAUGGAAGGAGAACAGCGAAUGUACCUGGUCGAAGAAACACAAGGACAACCAUAUACUGUAGCAGCCGGGCCGAACAAUGCCUUAACAUGCGUGCGUGAUCAUACGCAAUCAUAGAUUGCACCAGCAAGAGACAGGCAAAAGAAUUUAUAGCUAGUUUAAACAAAAACACACAACUCUGGAACGGGUGGCAUAAUCAAGUGGUGCUUUCAAUCAACUUCUGUGACAUUGCCUGUAGUUUUUUAGAUAUUGAUGCGUGCGAAAAUGGCUGAGUCACGUUUUAAGUGUACUAUACACAUCUUCUACCUAUCACGGUAAACUCCAAUUAUAGCAUCAUGAUCGUAGUCAGUGGAUAGAUAACUUCCGCAAGCAACAGAAGAACACAAAGUGUUGUAGUUGAAGGAACAAAUUUAUUAUACACUUUUUAUUUUUUGAUUGUUAUACAAAGUUUAAGACAAUACAUCUUUAUAGAGGAAAUAAAUCUGUUUCUAGUUGAUGGACGAAAAGAUUUUUUUCUUAUCAGGAGAAAUCGAUCAUAGGCUCGUGCUUUGGUAGCAUUUGUUUGCAGAUUAUCUGAUUCUACAUAGGUUUACCGUAGGACAAAUAGGCAAACCAAGUGGUUCCACGGAUUCCGUCAUAAAUUGUUCUACUUUGUAAAAUAAAUAAAUAAAUUAAACGUAUCAAAUUGU